UACACACGAUCCACAUGAUAUCGAAUGAAAGCAGUGAACUCGCAUCAACAUAAUCAGUGGGGCUGAAUACGCCGCCCAGAUAAGAUGUGUUGUCAAGUUAUCCAACACACCGUGCACUUCAAAACGGGGUUAACUCCAAAUUCAGUCCAUCAUCAUUGGGAAAACACAAUCAACGUGGCAAAAAUGCUUGGAACAUCACUAUUCGAUUUAAGCGAUUGAGCCAUUUUCAAAUGGCCAUAUUUAAUGAAAAAAAAUCAAAGCUAGAAUUUAUUCAGUUUCUGAUCAAGAAAAACGUACGCCAGUUAGUGUGAGUUUGAAACCGAGAUAACAUUGAUACGGUAAAGUUUGUUAAAUAAGAAUACGGUAAGAUACUAUCGUUUCUGUUCCGCAGACAUAAAUUCGAAGUGAAGUUACAAGAAAAUUUAAAAUCCAAAAGUCCAAAAAAGAAGAAAAGUUUUUUUCGUUAAAGAAAUUGGUUACAAGCAACAUUUUAUUAACUUGAAUUAUAAUAUCCGAUUGUGAAAUCAGUUGCAAAAAAAAAAAGAUAUUUCCAAAACAAGUUGUGCCGAGGAAUCUUCUGAAUUUUAAGUAGAUUUUGUGCGCACUCAAGUGAAUCGGUUGGUUUGUUGAGCACGGAAAAGUUCACGUAACGAGGAAACGCACAUCAAAUCAUUGGCCGUUUUAUCGUCAACCAUCUUGAACUAAUCCGAAUGCAUUGAAUUACCACGAAACACACACAAACAACAAAUCCAAUUUGAAUCAUGAAAUCCCGAACAAUAAAAGCUUUUAUUUCGCGAUGGAAUGUAGCAUGACAAUUCGACAGUUUUGAGGGAAUACGAAGAAAAGACGAAAUCGAGAAAUUCCAUUGAAAACUUUGAAGCCAAAUUUAGUAUUCAGCACGUGCCGGUUCGCACAAAGUUUCCGUAUUCAUGCCGAUACCGAUUUUCGUUUUAAUUUGUCUCGAUUUAUUUUCCGGCCACACACACACACAGAGAGAGAGAGAGAGAAGAAACAACUAAACGAAGCAAUGCAUUUCAAUAAAGCCCACAUCAUUUGAAGUUCGACUUCGAAAUCGAACUGAAACAAAACCAAAACAAAAGAAAAACUAUUCAAUAUGAUCGGAAUUGGUGUGUUUUUUUAGUUUUACUCAAUGCUCUAAGUCAAUUGAUUGAAACUGUGGUAUUUUUCCAAUUUCCAAAAAGCAAUUUUCGUACCGUGGUUUUUCUGUUUAUUUUACAAGGAGCUAGAGUUGAUUUUAUGUCUGACAAAGUAAAUGGGAAUUGUUGCUCAAGAAAUAGAAGCAAAAACCGUCGGAUUCGAAUAGUGUGUGAGUGUACGCGAGUGUACGCGAGUGUACGCGAGUGUACGCGAGUUUUUGAAAUAGUAAUCAAUCAAGAGCAUUGUGAAGACUUAGAAGAAACGAACGCCAAAAAAUCAGGACAAAAUGUGCUCCAUGCAGAAAUACUCACGAUUAUUGUAACAAAACCGAAGUAACUAGUAGGAAUUGCUUUUUUUUAUAAACAAGCAAAGACAUUAAAGGAAUUUAGAAGGAGUUUGUGUGAGUGUUUGUGAUAAAGUAGGCGAAACCGCAUCAGUCCCGCUGCGAUGGCAAACCAUUCAACGAAUUUAAACUGGAAUUCCCCAGAUUACUUCAAAUUGUUCGACGACAUCGGCGGUGGCGGUGGUGGUGGUGCUGGUGUUGGUGGUUCAAAUAGAAUUUCAGGUGGUGUGGCAGCACUGAAUGCCAACAACGUGGCGAAUGGAAACAAUGUGAACUUUGGCAGUUUCGAUUUUUACGGAAAUAGUUUGGCCAAUGGGAUUGGUAGUAAUAACAAUGGUACAGCCACCGUGUCUUCGUUGCCGCCAUCAUCCACAUCAUCAUCGUCCGUGAUUAAUCAAACAUUUCAAUAUCAAUACCAAUACGAUUAUGGCAGCGAGCCGCAUAGCAACAAAUCAAAUUACGAUGGCGGAAGCAAUUUUAUGCUUUUGAUGGAGGAUUUUAGUGCAUACUUUUACAACUAUAAUGGUAGCGUGGGCAGCGGCAUCGGCACAACCGGAUCCACACUCAAUGCAAAUAGUAGCAUCGGACUGGAUUUUCAAAAUUGUUCCAUUGCAAAUGCAACGUGUAACGAGCAUAUAGUAACAGUUGGACAAGAGUAUAAUUACUGGGCAUUAAUUUUACUAAUAUUUCCGAUAUUGACGUUAUUCGGUAACGUGCUGGUUAUAUUAUCGGUGUAUCGCGAAAGAACUUUGCAAACGGUCACAAAUUAUUUUAUAGUUUCGCUGGCGAUAGCUGAUCUUCUGGUGGCUGUUGUUGUUAUGCCAUUUGCCGUUUACGUUCUGGUGAAUGGCGCAUGGGCUCUUCCGAAUUUCGUUUGUGAUUUUUAUAUAGCUUGUGAUGUAAUCUGUUCGACAUCAUCAAUAUUUAAUUUAGUUGCCAUUUCAAUAGACCGAUAUAUAGCCGUAACGCAACCGAUCAAAUAUGCAAAGCAUAAAAAUAGUUUACGCAUAUUCGUCACAAUACUGCUGGUGUGGGCCAUAUCGAUAGCAAUCGGUUCACCCAUUGUGCUCGGUUUAAACAAUACACCGAACCGUGUACCGGACCUAUGCGCUUUUUUCAACACAAAUUUCAUCAUAUUCUCGUCGUUAGUCAGCUUUUAUAUACCAUGCAUCAUAAUGGUAUUUUUGUAUUGGAAUAUAUUUAAGGCACUUAGAAUGCGAGCGAAAAAGCAAAGAGCAGCCAAAAAACCAAAUUUAGCGGAUUUCACAACUGGAGGUAGUGUCAUCGAAAAUAUUGCGCAAACGAGACGAUUGGCUGAGACAACGUUAGAUAGUAGUAAGAGCGGUUCGAGAAUAAUGCCCGACGAUGCGCCAACCAAUACGGCAUCUGGUUCGAAUGAGGACGAAGACGAAAAUGCUGCGUCACCCGAUGUUGACGACUGCCAUGUAAUUGUUAACGACAAAUCGACUGAAUUCAUGCUAGCGACAGUUGUCGAAGAAACGGGAAAUACUUAUAGUGUUGUGGCACAAAUCACGACAUCGCCGUCACAAUGCGUCGUUAUGUCGUCCGAUCCGAAUGGAAACCACGAUUCGGGCUAUGCACCAUCAAAUAUUGAAGACGCUGUAGCUGGUACAAGUACACCGCCAGAGAGUCCACAACAUCGUAAAUGCACCGACAGUGGCGGGACACUGAAACGCAGCAGUUUGAACAAACGUAAUGGAAUUGACGGUUCACCGAAACGUGAAGCAGUCAGCAUGGGAAUGAAACCAUUAUCGAUUGUACGAUACGGAGUACAAGGAGCUUUGUCACUAACGCGAAACGAUUCGACUGUAUCGACCAAUUCGCGUGGAUCACGCAAAGACAAGAAAAAUUCACAGGCAUCUAGAGUGAGCGGUAGUUUUGUUGCGAUUACAUCAAAAAUGUCUCAGAAUCUUUCACCGACAUCAAGUCUUCCCGUCGUGGCAGAGGAUGAUGAAAGAUUCACCAUAUACAAAGUACAUAAAGCAUCGAAGAAAAAACGCGAGAAAUCAUCAGCGAAGAAGGAGCGUAAAGCAACAAAAACAUUAGCCAUAGUCUUAGGUGUUUUUCUAAUUUGUUGGGUACCAUUUUUCUCAUGUAAUAUCAUGGAUGCAAUGUGCACGAUAUUUGGAUUGCAAUGUUCGCCGGGUGUUACGGCAUUCAUACUCACCACUUGGCUCGGCUACAUGAAUAGUUUCGUAAAUCCGAUUAUUUACACCAUUUUCAACCCCGAAUUUCGAAAGGCAUUCAAAAAAAUCAUGAAUAUCAAAUAAGCGCUAGUAAGAGUAAAUCGAUUGAAAAUAGCAACAACAACAUCAACCAUAAUACUACUCGUGUAGUGUGUACUAAAGCUACAUUGUUUGUGAUUUACUUAAUCAACCAAAGAGGAUAAACGAAAUUCGGUCGACGAUUUGCGACAAUUUUCCAAACAUCCGUUGAAUAGCUCAAUACAACUAUAUCGUGUUCGUUCGAUCACAGGAAAAAAAUAACAGAAUAUACACAUACACACACAGAGAGAGAUAACCAAACUCUCACUCUAGUCUUACAAAACUGAAACAUACGAAAACAUUACCAAAGCGUUUUUAGAUAAAUUGCAAAAGAGAAUUACGUUUUUAACUUUUAACAAAAAGAAAAUACUAUCUCCAUAGAUAAAUGGUUGUAAAUACAGAUUAGAUUGUAAUCAAAUAAUUUCCAAUGAUGCGAAUGAAUGACAGACACAUUCCAUAGAAAUCUAAAUGUGAAUGUUGAGAAUAAAAAAACAAAGAAAAUGACAUAGCAUACAUAGGUAACAUAGAAAAUCGCAUGUAAUAAUUUCAAAGAGAAAUUCAAAGCAAACCAUUCCAUUUGUACAUAACGAUAGAAAGAGACAGAGCUAGACAUAGAGAAAAUAAUUCGAGUAUAGAAUAUGUUAGUUGGUGCCAAGUAAUUGAACAAUGAACACACAUACAAACACACACACAGCAUGACUAAUCAAUGUUCAGACAUUAAGUGAAAAUUUUAUUAGCUAAAUUGUAAUCUGAUUUUCAGCAAAGAAAAGACAGAUAACUAGAGACAAAUUGAUGCAUGCCUGUAUAUAAAUUUGAUUCCGUGUUGUUAUUUGGCACAUUUUGAUUAGGUUAAAUGAAUCAUUUAAAUUCUCAUCAUUUUGUAAAUAUACUCGAGUUUGGAUAUAGAACUUGGUAUUCAAAUGGGAACCAAAACUAGUGUAUAAAUGAUAGAGGGGAGAAAAAAAGAAAUGAAAAUGAAGAAGAUGAAAAAGCGGAAAAUCUAAUCAAAACGAUUAAGUUCUAUAUCAUUCCAUAGCCGUAAUCAUAUUGAAGUGUUGCGCUCGAUUGAAGCCGAUGUUCGAUAUCCCUAAUGAAACAAAAUCACUUGUGAAAAUGAUGAUGAUGAUAACGUAGCACGUAUAGAGAUUUGAAAUGUGUAUAUAUUUAUGACGAUUGUCCCACACAGAGCAACAAUAAAAUGUUGUUGACUAAAAUUGAACACACACAAAAAAUACAUAUCGAUUGAAAAUUUGCUACAACACACACACACAGCAAUCCAGUCGCUGUGAGAUGAAAGUCAUAACCUAACCUAUUUUAGUGCUGAUGUAUAUGCUACAAAUGCAAAGUGGAUGAUCCGCAACCCUUUUACUAAAUUGAGCACUAGCACAUCACACUCUCCCGUUUUGGAUCGUGUGUAAACUAACGAAGCAAAUCUAAUGGUUUUCAUUUUGGAAUAAAACGAAAAACAAACACACAUAAAAUCUUUUACAUUUUAAAUGGCAAUAUCACGCAGAAGACAUGAUGAAUUCCCAAUGAAUUCCGUUAGAUUUUCACUUAAUAAAUUCACAUCUCGCAUUUCUCGUUUCCGUAUCAAAACCCGUCAGACACAACAACAUGUAAAACGCUUCCAUUUUCAAAUGCAUAAUACAUAAUACCGUUAUCGCCAUCACACAUACACAACACCACCAUCAAAUUCGAUAUUUUUCAUAUUCCAACAUCAUUUUGACCGUGUAGAUAAUUUUCGUUGUGAUUUAUCAUUUUUCGUGCCACUCAGUUGUAGAUACAUAUAAAUGAAUACAAAAGAAAA